UUGUAAAACGACGUCGUUUGGCCUCUCUGCCGCUCUGGCUUCUUAACCUUCUGAACCACUCUUUUCUUCCCCAAGUCUCUUUGCCAGUAGAGGAAUGAGCAUGAACUCAAGUGUGUCGGGAGUAGGAGGAAGUGGUAGUGGAGGUGGAGGAAGAUGUUGGCCUUCCACCACUUCAGUUUCAGCAUCAGGGAAGAGGAUUCAGAAGGAGAUGAUGGAGCUCAACGCGGAUCCUCCUGAUGACUGCUCCGCUGGUCCCAAGGGUGACAAUCUCUAUCACUGGGUCUCCACCCUCAUUGGCCCUUCAGGAACGCCCUAUGAAGGUGGUAUAUUUUUUCUUGACAUCACCUUUCCAUCUGACUAUCCAUUCAAACCUCCAAAGGUAGUAUUUAAAACUCGAAUCUACCACUGCAAUGUUGAUUCUGCUGGCAAUCUAAGUGUGGAUAUCUUGAAGGACAGUUGGAGUCCAGCCCUAACCAUCUCUAAUGUGCUACUUGCAAUUAGAUCAAUUUUUACAAAGCCUGACCCUUGGAUGUGUUUUUUGUUGGUCUGUUCCUCUUUCCAACCGUGUUCCCUGUUCCUGGUUGAAGAAGAGAAGAUAACGCUCUUGUUCCUGGCAUUGCCCACUUGUACUUGGCUGACAGAUCUAAACAUGAUGAAGUAGCCACAGAGUGGACCCUGCGAUUUGCUAGGUAAUUCUGAUGAAUGGAUGCUAGAGCUUCCAAUAUUGAUAGGAAGUCUUCAAGCUCAUGGCUCGUCCUCCUUUCACCACCAUGGGAAAUUUGUGUUGCGUGAAUGGGAUCUGCUAUGCCUAUACAUCUAAUGAUAAUUUCUUUGUGGAAAUCUCUUUGGUUUUUUGUAUGCUAACUGUAUGGUGGCUUGGCACCAUUAUUGAAGGGAUUUUGUAGGCAUGGUUCUUCAACA